UGAGAACUACAAUGCCCAGCCAUGUUUGCUGUGCAACUUUCACAAUCGUUGCCACAUGGUGGCGUAAGUACACACCAAAACGGUGUGCCGCCAGGCACCUACCAUAAUAGAAGAAGAAAGUUGUGGAAACCUUCGUGGCGGGCAGUUAGAUCACCUGACUUGGGAACAUGUUGAGACAAGUCCUGCUAUAGAAAUGCAAGUAUCCCGACUAUAUUCACAAUAUGUACAUCUAGGUAACAGUCAGAUAUAACACAUGGUGUAAAGACGUGGAAAAAAAUGUUCGUUCUUAGACGUUUGCCAUCCGCUAGAGGCAUUUCUGCCCGGAUGCUUCAGUACACCUCCCUCACUUUCGGCUUUUUGUCAGCCAGUCAUCGCCCCAGCUCCCGCAGGGGGCCGAGUCCAUACAGCUCAGUGGACAGUGAGCGCUACUCUUCUCUUGUUAAGUCUGUCAUGUCUAAGAGGGUCACGUCUCAAACACCCGAGACAAUUAAAGCUGAGGAUGAGCACAUGUUCGGACCUGUUGUCAAGGCUGCGUCAAGACCAGAAACGAGGCUCCCUAAAACCAUGCACCCAUUCUCACACUGCGAGGACACUCCAGAAACACUGGAUCUCGAGUCAGAACCUCCAAUCCGGAUCGUAUUAAACCGGGAUCAAGGCAGGUCGUCAGUACCGAGUGUGACCAGGAUUCUUCAGGCAACACUUUCAUCAGAGCAGCUCUUCUACCUGGAGAGAUGGAAGAGGGGGAUGGUGGCAGAACUGGGGGAGGAAGGCUUUAAAGAAUACACUAAAAAUUUGUUUAGACAAGGGAAACUGUUCCAUUCUGCCGUGGAGGAGGUUCUGAUGGCAGGGAAAGAAAGACAACAUGCACCACAUCCAACGGAGGUGUUGGGAUACAUGGAGAGCAUCUCUCACAUACUGGAAGAUGUUAGUGCUGCAAGAGCUAUUGAAAGCACUGUGCAGCAUGACACUCUCAACUAUUUGGGAGUUGUGGACUGUGUGGCCCGCUACAAAGGGGUUCUAUGUGUUAUUGACUGGAAGACUUCGGAUAAGCCAAAACCAUUCUUGAGCAACACAUAUGACAACCCCAUUCAAGUGGCAGCCUAUGCAGGAGCCUUGAACAACGAUGGCAAAUACAAAUACCAGGUGGAAAAUGGCCUGAUUGUUGUUGCGUACAAGAAUGGCACACCGGCCCACGCACACAAAUUGAACCCUGAGCUUAUGUCAGAGUAUUGGGAAAAGUGGUUGAUUCGCCUGGAAGAGUAUAUAGAAAAGAGCUCUAGUGAAGUCUCUUCCACUUCUUCAGAGAGAAGGUGAAAUCUGGACAAGUCCAUUUAUUAGGCCAUUGAACAUAAACUUGGUCAUGAUGACAAUUUUUCUUUAAUCCCACCAGUUUUCUUAUAGAUGAAAACUUUAUUUUCUGAUGGUAAAAAGAGGGCAAACACACUAGGUUGUCUUUGAGGACUUUUAUUUUCCAUACUCUGGUCAAAUUGAACCAAAAUUGAAAAUCAAGAAUGUACACACUUUUCCAAAUGGCAUGUGAAACUUAAUCACGUCUGAAUACUGAUAGUGUAACACAUGUGCUGAAGAUAUCAGUAGAGAGUAUCUUCUGCUGGUGGAAUUUGUUGGAACUGCAGUGUGUGUAUAAUAUACUGGUAUUAAUUUAUCCUGAGGCAUGCACAUGUAACAUAACUUCUAAAUACUUUGCCAAGAAAAUAAGUUGGACUUUUGUAUUCAUGUAAUGGAUAUUUAUUUCACUAUUUUUGAAACAUUUCUGUUAGCUUUGACUCAUUGUAGCAAAGUAAUGCCCUACAAACAUCAAUAAAGUUUUACAA